CUGGGCUGCAGACACAGAGGAGCAGAUUCUGAGAAGAAUUAACAACACUGAAAUCUCCAGAACAAAGGCUCUAAUUAAGGUGUCCCUCUGACCUUGUCCUCCUGCUUUAAUGGAUUAUACACUGGAGCCCAAUGUGACGACGGUAACCGACUACUACUAUCCUGACAUCAUGUCAAGCCCCUGCGAUGGGGAACUGAUCCAAAGAGACAGCAAGUUGCUUCUUGCUGUCUUUUACUGUGUCUUGUUUGUAUUCGGUCUUCUGGGAAACAUCCUGGUCAUCCUUGUCCUUGUAGCCGGCAAGAAGCUGAGGAGCAUCACCGACGUAUACCUCUUGAACCUGGUCCUGUCUGACUUGCUUUUUGUCUUCUCCUUCCCCUUCCAGACCCACUACCAGCUGGACCAGUGGGUGUUUGGGACUGUGUUGUGCAAGGUGGUCUCUGGUUUUUAUUACAUUGGCUUCUUCAGCAGCAUGUUCUUUAUCACCCUCAUGAGUGUGGACAGGUACCUGGCAAUCGUCCAUGCGGUCUAUGCCAUGAAAGUGAGGACAGCCAGGAUGGGCACAGCCCUGAGUCUGGCCGUGUGGUUGACUGCUAUCAUGGCCACCAGCCCAUUACUAGUGGUGUACCAAGUGGCCUCUGAAGAUGGCAUUCUACAGUGUUAUUCAUCUUAUAAUCAACAGACUCUGAAGUGGAAGAUCUUCAUCCACUUUGAAAUGAAUAUCUUAGGUCUGUUGAUCCCAUUCACCAUCCUUAUGUUCUGCUACAUUAGCAUUCUGCACCAGCUGAAGAGCUGCCAAAAUCACAACAAGACCAAGGCCAUCAAAUUGGUGCUCAUUGUGGUGAUCGCAUCUUUACUCUUCUGGGUCCCAUUCAAUGUGGUCCUCUUCCUCACUUCUCUGCUCAACAUGAACAUCUUGGAUGGAUGUGUCCUGAGCCAGCGACUGAUUUAUGCCACUCAUGUCACAGAAACCAUUUCCUUCACUCACUGCUGUGUGAACCCUGUGAUCUAUGCUUUCAUGGGUGAGAAAUUCAAGAAACACCUCUCAGAAAUAUUCCAGAAGAUUUCCAAUUAUGGCCUCCUCUUUGUAGGAAGACAAAUACCUAGGGAGGGCUGGGAAAGACCUCCCUCCUCCUGUCAGCACCCCUCCCGCUCCUCCAGCACAGACUACAUUUUGUGACAGGGGGGUGUUUCUUUUAGGAGACAAAAAAUGAUUUAUACUGGAGUCUGAGGCUACUUGAAGGGAUACUCUUAGAAAUGUGGUUACAGACACAAGGCAUAUUUAAUGAUGGUUAAUGAACUCCUGUAAUUGCAAAUUAAUCUUCUCAGCUUUCAAAGAUUUUGUUACUAUUUUCUGGAAAUAGUCUAUAUAUCUCACUAUUUAGUAUAACGUUAGCUUUGGGAUUUGUUUCUUAGUUUUGUAGUGCCUUUAUCAUAUCUCAAUUUAAAUUUUAUCAAAUGCUUUUUCACAUCUAUUAAGGUGAUCAUAUAGCUUUCUUUCCUUUAUCAUUCUGUUAAUUUGGUAAACUACAUCCUCUGAUUUUCUUAUUUUAAAUCAACUUGUAUUUUCCCUGGAAAAAAAUG